AUGGAGGAGCACCGUCGGUUGGCUAUGGCGGCGGCGUUCGUCAUCCUGCUCACGGUUUGGAGUUCGCCGGCGAUGGCAAUGGCGGCGGCGGCGGCGACGGAGGUGCACAGCUUGGGCCUUAAUUGCAAUGAAACGAAAGGAGUAUUUUGUAGCUCAAACGGGUCAAAAUGCCCCUCAACCCUAUCCCCAAAAUUCCUCAUCCCGUGGUCCACACUCAUCUCGGCCUUCUCGGCGGCGCGGCUAGCUAGCUGCAAGCGCGCUUUCGGCGGAGGCGGCGCGCAGAGGGCGCACGGCUACGGUCUCGGCCGUCCGUCGCGGAGGGACGACGGAGGCUGGCGCGCGGCGGAGGGAGGGACGACGACGCGCCAUACCUGCCUGCCCCUGCCGCCUCCAUCACAAACCAAGAGGAUAAAUGCUGGAGUGAGGAGGAACUUAGGAUGUUUGCCUGAAGUUUAUCAUAAGAAACUCAAGAUUGCUGUGCCACUGAAACAUGGCUUUAGAGCUUUUGUGAAUGUAACUGACCAAGGUGUCACUGGCUACUGCAUUGAUCUCUUCGAGGCUGCCGUGAAUAAGUUACCAUACCGUCUGAUUUAUGAGUUUGUUGUCUUCGACCGUUCUUAUGACGAGCUAGUACAGAGUGUAUCUUCAGGGAUCAACGAUGCAGCAGUGGGGGAUAUAACCAUAAUUGCCGAUCGAGCUAGCCAUGUGGAGUUCACAAUGCCGUACACCGAGUCUGGUGUUUCAAUGCUUGUGCUUGCGAAGAAUGAAUCUGAAUCAAAAAUCGAAUGGGUAUUCUUGAAGCCACUGACAAAAGAACUUUGGUUUGCCACUGUGAUCUUCUUUCUAUUCACCGCAUUAGUAAUUUGGAUAAUUGAACAUCCCAGAAACAUGGAGUACCAAGGAUCGAACACAAGGCAGUUGAGCACUGCUCUCUAUUUUGCUUUCUCCACUUUGACAUUUUCUCAUGGUCAAAUUAUUAAAAGUCCUUUGUCAAAAAUCGUUGUGGUAAUCUGGUGCUUCGUGGUGCUGGUUCUUGUGCAGAGCUACACUGCUAGCUUUUCAUCCAUUCUAACUGUAAAGAGGUUCAAGCCCUCAGUGACAUAUCUUGACCAGCUCCUGAAUAAUGGUGAUUAUGUUGGAUACCAAGAGGGAUCCUUUGUGAACUCAUUUUUGACAAGACGAGGUUUCAGUGAAAGAAGGCUAAGAUCCUACACAAAGAAACAGGAAUAUGCUGAAGCUUUGAGGAAGGGGUCCAAGAAUGGAGGUGUGUCUGCUAUCGUUGAUGAGAUCCCAUAUUUAACCGCUAUUGUCUCAGACCCUCAUUACCAGAAAGAAUUCCAGAUGCUUAAGCGCAUAUAUAAGACUCCCGGUUUUGGUUUUGUGUUUCCUCCUGGUUUUCCACUGGUGCAUAAUCUUUCAACUGCCAUGUUGGAUGUAACAAGUGGGGAUGAGGGGUCACGUAUGGAAACGAAAUGGUUUGGUGCAGAGGCUGUCUCUCCAAGUAAUGCAAUUCCCAACACAGAUUCGGCACCUCUCACUUUGCGGAGUUUCUCUGGUCUUUUUAUCAUCACUGGGUGUAUCUCAACUCUCAUGCUGAUGAUUAGGUUCUCCAUGUCAAUUCUUGCCAAUUACACCCAAAUUAGAGAUUCUGAUGUGCAAAGUCCUGAUGUGGGUGGUCGAAACGAUGCACAUGAAGAAUCUAAUCAAGCACAGAACAGCAUGGGUUGCAUUGUGGUUGAUAUACACCUCCAUGAAGUUAGAAUUGGCAGUUCCCAGGAUAUCCAUGGGAGUGUCGAACGUGCUAGCUGAUGGCGGAGAGCCUCGACCAAUUCAGAAUGGCCCUGUGCCUGCAAAUUCCAUCCAGACAGUAUGAAUUACAUGGUCAUGCUGAGCGUGCUCUGGAAAUAUAAAAACAAGAAUGCUCCAUCUCUUCAUUUAUUGUAGGUAUUAACCAAUAAUCUGCUGCAGAAAUUAGUCUGGGAUGUUCCCACUCAGCAACUAGCCAUGCUUCACCGCAGGCGGCAGGCCGUGUUGGAUUAGACAGUUCUAUGCAUAGUUUAGUAACUGAUCACGUCUUAUGUUUUAUCACUUGCAAUUGAUAUUCUUUAACAAAAAUGUAAUUAUCACUUCUAUUUUCCAAAGGCAAUAUAUAUAUACUCUUGUUUUCCUCAAAAAAUA